AUGAUUCUAUUAUCACCUUCUCCAAUUUCAGCCAAUCCACUCUCCUCAAAUAACUGCCACUUAUUUAUAAGUUGGCCAAAGAGAAGACUUCCUAUCACCUUUAUGGCCAGAGGGAUGUUACAACAUUUAUCAACAAUUUUUUUCCCAAUCUCAACUAGUUGAAGAUGGUUUACAUAUUCUUGUUCUUUAUCAAACGCUACAGAUUCAAACAAGAGCCAUGAAUUUUCUCGAGAUAAACCUUCUAACUUAUAGGUAUGCUUUUCUCCGACAAUUUUUGCUGUCAUUUCAGAACGUGUGGUUACUAAAAUUCUACUUCCCCCAUGACCUAACUUCAAAAAUGUUCUCAAAUUCUGCCAUUCCUCGCGGUCUUCAUUCCAUACAUCAUCAAGAACAAGGUUCUACUUCCACAAGCUUGGGUUAUGUGAUUCGUGAUGAAAAAGGUGAUCUCAUCCUUGCGGGAGCAAAGGCUUUGCAUCCAGAAGACUCUAUCCUGUUUGCAGAAGCGUCGGCACUAAGAGAAGGCAUCAAGAGUGCUUUGGCGUGGGGCUGCAAAAAUUUAAUUAUCGAGGGAGAUAAUUUGGUGGUGAUAAAUUCCAUGAAUCGUGUCUGGCAAAUUCCGUGGGAGAUUAAUGGUCUCAUUGAAGACUCAAUGGCGGACUUAUCCAACACCGAUGAUUUCGUGGUCAACCAUUGCUACCGGGAGGCCAAUCAAGCGGCUGAUUUAAUGGCGGCUAAAGGAAGCUCUUGUGUUUCUUUGUCGUUAUGGUUUUCGUCUUUUGAUCCUUCCUUCUCCCUUAUCAUCCGUAAGGAUGCUUUAGGUUGUCCUUUCCAAAGGGCCUAACUUGGUUUUUAUUUCCUUAUCAAAAAAAAAAAAUGAACACUUUUUGGACCUAACAACAUAUCUAUGAUAGCUUUUUUAUCAUUUUCUCUCCCAAUAAUAUCAUUUGCAACCACGUAGGAACAAGUUUCAUCCCUCCUCCUACAAAUAGGUUUAUAGUCAACACUAAACCCGAAUUUCUGAUGG